ACUCUGAGUGAUUACAUAUCAUUCAGAAGCGUCAGUUUUUCCCCAUAGCCCUUCUUCUCUCUAUUCUGGAUACGAUCUCUCACAACGGUUCUCUUCAGGGUUCUGACCAUCUAUCCUAAAUUUUGGGUAUUUUGUUAGUUUGGUUCUUGGAUUUGAACCAUCUUUGUUAGCUGAAACCCCAAAACACCUUUGGCGAGCAAAGACACAGAGAGAGAUAAGAGAAGGAUGAGCGUAGAGAAUGAAGAAGUAGUAGUUUUACCUAGACGGAAACUAUCAUGCACUACCUCCUUCGAUGCUCUCUGGUUCUGCUAUUAAAUUUGAUGAUGGCAGCUCCAGUACAUCAAAUGCAACAAUACUAUCGACUUGGAUCCCUUGAUAAUUGUUCUGGGAAGUGGAAUGCUCUUGUUGAUUGUUUAAAACUCAAAACAAAGAGGUCUCACGAAGUCGAGGAAAUUCUUGAAAGCCGGGAGAAAGACAAGUCCCACAUCUGGUGUUUUAGGACACCCGAAGAAGCGGCAUCUAAUUGGAACGAUAUGUUUGGACAUCUAGACGAUCAGGAAUGACAUAUUCCUACUUCUCACUUGCUCGAUUUGCCUUGCCCUUAAAUCAUCUUUGUCCCCCAGUGAUUCUACUUUCCUUCAUCUUUUAAAAAAAUAAAAAUCAACUUUUGAAAUAUUAUUAUUAAUUUUGUUUCGAAAUUGCAAUUUUCUGCGCAUUAAAAAUAAUGGUCCUGCCCUUUCAUU